GGCGGUGACCCCGGGCGGGGAGCCUUGUCCCUGCGUAAGUGUGGGGAGGGGACCCGACCCGCGGCCGGGAGUCUCAGCGUUCAUUCCGCGCUCCUGAGUCCGCCUCCGCGUUCUCCGAGCGGUCCUGGGAUCCUGGCCCUAUCUGUGUCCGGAGCCCCCAUGGUGCGGGGGGAGGCAUCGGAGGGAUCGAGGGCUGCCCUCUGAAUCUGGGGAUGGAGCCUUGGACAGGUUGGCACCCCCGCCGGGGGUUUGAUCGUCCUGGGACGGCCCCCGCACGCUGCGUAGAUGUCCGUGACAUCAACCUGUAGGUGAGCGUCGACGCCUGGUACGUAUCUGAAGAGCUGAGUUGCAUGCCUCGAAUCUGCGCGACCCAGGUUCAGCUGACUACGCGGGUUUCCACCAGGGGGCGCAAGAGAGAGCGUCAUUUCACAACGUCCACCAGGGGGCGCGCCCGCCCGCCUCUGACGGCCCAGGGUUGGGGAACCAACCCGCGGAUGUGCCCCGCCUGAUUGGGAGCGGCACCGCUAAACUAUUUGCAUAAUCUUGAAAGGGGCGCGUUGAGUGGUUGAAGUACAGAAGAUAUAUGAAACGGGUUCUCUCAUUGGCUUCAAUUUCCCCCCUUGCUCCGCGUCCCUAUCCCGGCCAGACCCGGCCCGGAGGUCAGUCGGAAGCCUCCGGCUAGUGGCGAGAGGGAACCCAGGUGUCCGGGCAGUGGGCGCUGAGGGAGCUGGAGAUGUGAAUCUAGAGAGGCACUGCGACCCUUGCCACCUGCCUCUCCACCCACACACCAAAGUCCUCUCCACCCACCCGGGCCCCACUCACGCUGCCUUGGGAGUCGCUCAAAAGUAGGGCCCCAAGGCUCAGAGCAGCUGGGUAUGGGUACCGAGAAUGAAAGUCCUGAACCAGACUGCCAGAAACAGUUCCAGGCCGCAGUCAGCGUCAUUCAGAACCUGCCUAAGAACGGCUCUUACCGCCCUUCCUACGAAGAGAUGCUGCGAUUCUACAGCUACUACAAGCAGGCUACCAUGGGGCCCUGCCUGAUCCCCCGGCCUGGGUUCUGGGACCCUAUUGGACGUUAUAAAUGGGAUGCCUGGAACAGCCUGGGCAAGAUGAGCAGGGAAGAGGCCAUGUCCGCCUACAUCACUGAGAUGAAGCUGGUGGCACAGAAGGUGAUCGACACAGUGCCCCUGGGCGAGGUGGCAGAGGACAUGUUUGGUUACUUCGAGCCCCUGUACCAGGUGAUCCCUGACAUGCCGAGGCCCCCGGAGACCUUCCUGAGAAGGGUCACAGGUUGGAAAAAGCAGGCGCUGAAUGGAGAUGCUGAGGCUACCUCAGAGCCUCCCCGCCUCCCCAAGGAACCAGCACCCCCAAGCCCAGAGUCCCAGCCACCCAGGGACCAGGACUCUGAGGUUUUCUGUGAUUCCGUGGAGCAGCUGGAGCCUGAGCUGGUGAGACCCACUCCCAUGACCUCCCCUUCCCCACCCCACUGGGCCCUGGCUGCUCCCACCGCCUGCCUUGGACUUUGUGACUCUUCUCAUCAGGUUUGGGCAGAGCAGAGGGACGCCCUGGGUGGAGAGCUGGACACCGGAAACAGCCCCGAGCCUCCUGCAGAGGAAGGGAGAUUGGAAAGCACUCUGUUGGGGCCCCAGGAACUGGACACAUGGCUGGUGGGGACAGUUCAGGCGCUGCAGGAGAGCAUGCGGGAUGUCCAGGGGAGACUGCAGAGCCUGGAGAGCAUGCCUGUCCCCACCAAGCAGAGGCCCCCACCCAGUGCCAGGCCUUGGCCCCUCAGGCUCUCCGGUCCCACGCUGCUCUUCUUCCUCCUGUGGCCCUUCAUCGUCCAGUGGUUCUUCCGACAGUUUCGGACCCAGAAGAGGUGACUCGCAAGGGAGGAGUCUCUGCAGCCAGCUGAGGAGGCUAUGAGCCCUCUGUCCUGCUGUGUCCUGAGCCUUCCUAGGGUUUAGGAGAAUAGCACUAACCCCUGCUCCCCAGCCCCUUUACCGUCCCAAUUAGUGUUUGCCUUGGCAUCCCUCCCCUAAUGGGGGGGCCGGAUAAGACCCCACUCUUCCUGCAGCUCCACAGGGACUCUCCCUCCUCUCCCGCCCAACCACCUCAGGCUCUUUGGGGAGGCUGCAGCUGUGGCGCACUACCCCAGCUCUGGGUUGGCGCCUGAUUCAGGGGCGGAGCUGCCGGGUCCCAGUCUCUGCCCUCCCCAGCCUCUGGGUCACCUAACUCCUCUCCCAAGCCGGCCUCUUCCCAAGGAGGCUCAGCUCUCGGGCAAGUUGGGACUUGGGCCGGGGCCUGGAAGAAUGAUAGGCUGGGAGGCUGUGGGAGUGAGGCCAGGAGGCCUGACCGAGUUGGGGAAAGGCGGAGAAAGCUGGCCCCGGGGGAGGGGAGUCAGCUCCGUUUUGCUGGCCGCCCUACCUCCACAAAUACUCAGGACGUCUUCACUUAAUUUUGUAAGAUUAACUUACAAAAAAGUGUUUCACUAAAUAAAAUAAAACCUUCAUCUUCUGCC